AAGGAGGAGACGGAGGGAGAGAGAUAAACUAAUCACUCCAUGGUAACUGACGGGAAACUAACGCGUACAGUACUGUUGAGAGGGAGUGGGUGGGGUGAAGGAGAUUUAUAGAGGCAAACAGUUAGGCAAGAGCAGUCAGCAUUUGAACAUUGAAGAAGGAGGACGUUGAGAGGAAGACAAGAUGAACUGUGAAAAGUGCCAUGGCUCGUUCGAGAAGGAAGGAAGGGACCCGCUGCUGCUUCCCUCCUGUGGCCAUACUCUCUGUAAAAACUGUUUGCGUCUCUUCAUUCAACACAACGGUUUCAAGUGUCCAUUCUGCGGGAAGAAACAGCCUUCAAACCUGAAAAUAGAAGACUUACUCCCGAAUUAUGCCCUUCUUCAGAUGAUGGAGAGCAUGAAUGAUGAGAAUGGACGUAAUGGAAGGAAGAAGGACAGACACAGAUCGAGGGGGAGGGCGGCGGAAGGCAAGGAGCGGAGCAGGGAGAGGAGCGUGAUCAAGGGCACUGAAACCGAGUGUGUGGAGCAUGAGGGGGUGCGGCUCAUGUACUGGUGUGGCCCAUGUGGCGUGGCGGCCUGUGGUGAGUGUGUGGUGGAGAAGCACACAGGUGGGGGCGGCGGUGAAGGCAGAAGGCACCAAACUGUGAGGAUUGAUGCUGCGCUGAAGAUGAGGAGGAGUGAGUUGCAAGAGCAUGUCAUUAUGCUGAUGAACACUCUGGAGUCAGCGGAGAAGAAACAUAGAAACCUUACCAAGUCAUCUCCUUUCAUCACUGCUGCCAAGAAGUUGCAGACCGAAGUGACAGCGGUGAUGGGGAAGAUAAGAGUGGUGCUGUCCCUCCUGGCGCGCCUGAUCCAGGAGGGCGAGGAGGGCGACGCGGGACUCCAGCACCUGCGAGGGGAGCUGGAUGAACUGAUUCAAAAAACGCCACCAUCUGGGUCCACCACGGGGAAUGUUGCGGAGAUCAUGGCUUUAUUGAAACACCUGAAGCGCAUCGAGGAAUUCCGUGAUGGCCCUGUAGCCAAGUUGUUGAAGGAGGUGGAGGCAUCGAGCAGAGAGGACUGGAUGAUCUUUCUUAGCAUUGCUUCUGCCAACAAUGCUGUUCUAAAUAAUAAAGCUAUUGUUCUUUGUAAGCAGCUUGCUUUGUGUGGUGGUGGGUAUCGCUUGGAUGUGGUGGGUGGUGGCGGCCUGCUAGGGAGCCUCACUUGGGAGCAGCAGAAGUUUCAUCUGCACUGCCUUCGUCUGCCCUCAGGGCCUCGCAGAUCCAACUCAGACUUAGCACGUUGCCACGCUCUCAAGUGGCAGGUCUUGGAAACACAGAUGGAGGAAGUGAAGCAAGUGUUCCUGGACUUGGUGUGGGGAGGACCAGGCCAGGUGCGGCAGGGAAAGAAAGGCUCUACUUCAAACUCUGCCGGUCUGACUCCACCUCUGAGGCAUCCUGCUGCCGCUUCCUCCAUCAAGUGAUGGGCGAUGAGAACAACAGUGAUGGCAACAACUCCCUCCUUGGCCCUCUUCCCAGGAAUAUUCUGGAGGCACUGGGCCGGGCCAUCCUGCUUGGCACACACACCCAAAAAGAAGGCACUGAAAGUAAGAGUAAAGGUGCUGCAGGAGAGCAGCCUACAGCAGACUCCCAUCCCACUGCCAGUGCUGCAGCUGCAGUCAUUGUU